AACAACCCGGUUCAUUCCAUUCCAUUCCAUUCCAUUACAGUAUCGUUUGUAAAGAAAGCGAAGGACAUGAUCGUCAUUUCAGCUAUAUGCCGGAAUCUCCCCUCCCCGGUAAGCCGAUUAUUCCAUGGCUUCAUAAGAACGCGAGCGAGAGAGAGAGAGAGAGAGAGAGAGAGAGAGAGAAGGGAUUACGCAUACAGGCAUACUAUUGUUGUUUUCUCCGUGAAAGAUGGGGAGUAUGGAUGGUUGGAUUUCGCCGUCUCAGGCAGCGCAAUUUGCUGAGCCUCAGUACGAGAACGCGAAGAUUUCGGUAUGGUGGGAUAUCGAGAAUUGUGAAGUUCCAAAGAAGUCAGAUCCUCAUUGUAUAGCUCAAAAUGUAAGUUCGGCUCUGGUUAAGAUGAAAUACUGUGGUCCUGUUUCCACCGUAUCCUCUUAUGGAGACACGACUCGCUUACCAUCACCAGUUCAACAAGCACUCAACAGCACUGGCAUCUCCCUCAACCACGUCCCUGCCGGUGCCAAAGAUGCUAGUGACAAGAAGAUUUUGGUGGAUAUGUUAUUAUGGGCUGUGGAUAAUCCUGCUCCCGCUAAUUAUUUGUUAAUUUCUGGUGAUCGUGACUUCUCCAAUGCACUGCAUCAGUUGCGUAUGAGGAGAUACAACAUUAUCCUCGCACAACCGAAGAAUGCAUCAGCCCCGCUCGUUGCUGCUGCGAGAAGUGUGUGGCUGUGGACAACUCUUUGUGAUGGCGGCCCACCUCUAACAAAGGAUGAAGCAAAUCAGAUAGUCAAGACUCAAUCAAACUCCUGCUCUGUUACGGAUACACCAAAAAAUUAUCCUUCAGAUGGAUCCAAACCUAAUGAUGGAAGAACAUUUGAUACUAAACAGAAAGGGAAGCAGAGUGUUGGAUCCCAAUCGAGUGUACCUGAUUGUUUGUCUAAUGAUGGAAAAACACUUGAUACUAAACAGAAAGGGAAGCAGAGUGUUGGAUCCCAAUCGAGUUCAGAUAGUUUGUCAAAUGAUGGAGGGACAUUCGAUACCAAACAGAAAGGGAUGCAGAGUAAGUUGAAUAAUGGCUCCCAAGCGAGUACUGAUAAUUUGUCAAAUCAUGGAAAAACAUUUGAUACCAAACAGAAAGGGAAGGUGAGUAAUGGCUCCCAAUCAGGUACGGAUAGUUUGCCAAAUGAUGGUAAAACAUCCAAUAUCAAACAGAAUGGGAGGCGGAGUUGGAAGAAUUCAGGAGGCCAAAAAGGUAAUCCAGUAAGGGUCCAAGAUUCUAAGACCAAACAGAAAGGGAGGGUGAGUAAUGGCUCCCAAUCGGGUACGGAUAGUUUGCCAAAUGAUGGUAAAACAUCCAAUAUCAAACAGAAUGGGAGGCGGAGUUGGAAGAAUUCAGGAGGCCAAAAAGGUAAUCCAGUAAGGGUCCAAGAUUCUAAGACCAAACAGAAAGGGAGGGUGAGUAAUGGCUCCCAAUCGGGUACGGAUAGUUUGCCAAAUGAUGGUAAAACAUCCAAUAUCAAACAGAAUGGGAGGCGGAGUUGGAAGAAUUCAGGAGGCCAAAAAGGUACUCCAGUAAGGGUCCAAGUUUCUAAAACCAAACAGAAAGGGAGGGUGACUAAUGGCUCCCAAUCGGGUACGGAUAGUUUGCCAAAUGAUGGUAAAACAUCCGAUAUCAAACAGAAUGGGAACCAUUGAAGGAUGCUAACUGAAUCAAACUUAGCUGAUUGAAUUUGAUAUGGGUAUGCUAGAGGGUUGUUUAUGAAUGCAAGUAAG